GUUCACGUUCACAUAACUGUUUGCUUGCUAGGAUACUCGACAAGACGGCAUGUUGACAAUUUUUGUGUGAAUUUGUCCUUUUAAGCUUAAGAUUUGAAAAAGACUCAGUAUUUGCUGUCUCAGUAUUUGCUGUCUCAGUAUUUGUGUCUGUAAGACGCAGCUUUCUGUGCUCGAGUUCUCGUUCACGUCUUGCUCUUGAAUGUUUAAAUUAGCAAGGUUUAAAUGAGGUUAGUUUAAUCACAGAUAGCAACGUGUGCGGUUCAGGUCUCACCUGCGCUCGUGCGCUAUCAACACCUGGGCGAUGACGGUGUAAAUGACGGGUCAUAUUCGAGCAUACGGCACUCGCAUUGAUCAAAGUUUACAAAGAGUGACUGAUUUUCCAUGGUUUUUGAUUGUGUUGUUGUAAUGUACUGGGAAGCCAGAAUGCGUAUCCAUCGACUGAAUCUGAACUCUGUCUGUCUGUUUUACAUGUUGCUACUUUCAACAAACCAUAUUAUAGAUGCGUCGUCAGAUUUAAGAUGAACCGCAGUGCAAGUGUGUGCCGAACCGUGGGUGGAGAACAACAACGAUUCAAUUCUUUUUGUGUGAACAAGGAAGGAAAUAGUUUAUGCAGGAAUUUCCAUGUAUCUUCCUGAUGUUGAAGCUGGAGGAUUUGAGAAGUUGUAUCUUGUAAAAGUUUGAUCGAGUCAUUGGAGGAGAUCAAACUCAUCAGAUUCUCCUGCAGCUUCAUCAUGACUGAUUCACAAGGAUCCAGAGAUGGAGAUUUUUCUCCAGGAUGCAGUUCAGUCCAGCAGAAGAGCUCAAACCCAGAGUCCAGCUGUGUGUCUGUGAAGAGUGACAGAUCUAUGGAUAACCCACCAGAGUUAAAGAGUGGAGACAAACGGCCUGAUCUCAGUUCAGUCCAGCAGAAGAGCUCAAACCCAGAGUCCAGCUGUGUGUCUAUGAAGAGUAGCUGGUCUAUGGAAAACCCAAUAACGUUUAAGAGUGGAGACAAACGGCCUGAUCUCAGUUUUAAAACCAGUUCAGUCCAGCAGAAGAGCUCAAACCCAGAGUCCAGCUGUGUGUCUAUGAAGAGUAACUGCUCUAUGGGUGAACCACCAGAGUUAAAGAGUGGAGACAAACGGCCUGAUCUCAGGUCAAAUCUUCAGUCCAGACCAGUUAAAAACAAAACUGUGAUUCAACCACAAGACUUUAAUGAAAGCAUGAAUCCCGGUUUCAGUCAUGACUCUAAACCUGCUGAAGUCCUCAACACAUUGAGAUCAAAUCUGAGGGAGAAGUUUGAGUGUUUGUAUGAGGGAAUAUCAAAGCAGGGAAACCCAACACUUCUGAAUGAGAUCUACACAGAGCUCUACAUCACAGAGAGUGAAAGUGGAGACAUCAGUAAUGAGCAUGAGGUGAGACAGAUUGAGACACAGUCCAGGAGAGCAGAAACAGAGGACACACCGAUCAAAUGCAGUGACAUCUUUAGACCUUUACCUGGACAAGACAAACCCAUCAGAACUGUGCUGACAAAUGGAGUCGCUGGCAUUGGAAAAACAGUCUCUGUGCAGAAGUUCAUCCUGGACUGGGCUGAAGGGAAAGAGAAUCAGGACGUCCAGCUCAUAUUUCCACUUCCUUUCAGAGAGCUCAACUUGAUGAAGGACAAAACACUCAGUCUUUCAGACCUUCUUCAUGUCUUUUUCCCUGAAACAAAAGAAAUGGAAAUAUCCAGUGACAAAUAUAAAGUGUUGUUCAUCUUUGAUGGUCUGGAUGAGUGUCGUCUGUCUCUGGAUUUUCAGAGCGAUGUGAGGUUGUGUGAUGUGACUGAAUCUGCCUCAGUGGACGAGCUGCUGAUGAACCUCAUUGUGGGGAAUCUGCUUCCCUCUGCUCUCAUCUGGAUCACCUCCAGACCAGCAGCAGCUGAUCUCGUCCCCUCUGAGUGUGUCCAUCGAGUGACAGAGGUACGAGGAUUCAGUGACCCACAGAAGGAGGAAUACUUCAGGAAGAGGAUCAGUGAUCAGCGUCUGGCCAAAAGGAUCAUCUCACACCUGAAGAAAUCAAGGAGCCUCUUUAUUAUGUGUCACAUCCCAGUGUUCUGCUGGAUCUCAGCCACUGUUCUAGAGAAGAUGUUGAGGAAAUCACGGAAAAGAGAGAUUCCCAAGACUCUCACUCAAAUGUACACACACUUCCUGAUCCUUCAGACCAACAUCAAACAUGAGAAGGACUAUGAGAAGAACGUGAAAGAUGAAGACAUGAUCCUCAAACUGGGGAAAGUGGCUUAUCAGCAGCUUGUGAAAGGAAACCUCAUCUUCUAUGAGGAAGACCUGAGAGAGUGUGGCAUUGAUGUGACAGAAGCAUCAGUGUACUCAGGAUUGUGCACUCAGAUCUUCAGAGAGGAGCUGAUCUUGUAUCAGGGGAAAGUCUUCUGCUUUGUUCAUCUGAGCAUUCAGGAACAUCUAGCAGCUCUAUAUGUGCAUCUCUCCUUCAUAAACAAGAACAUCAGUGUGUUUGACCAGAUUACCAAACCAACUAAUGGAGACAAAGUUUCACUAUAUGAUCUCCAUCAGAGAGCUGUGGAUGAGGCUUUAGACAGUAAAAAUGGGCAUCUGGACCUUUUCCUUCGUUUCCUUCUGGGUCUGUCAGUGAAGUCUAAUCAGAGUCUCUUACAAGAACUAAAGACACAGACAGGAAACAGAUCUCACAACAAUGAGAAAACAGUUGACUAUAUUAAAGAGAAGAUCAGUGAGAAUCCCUCUCCAGAUAAAUACAUCAAUCUGUUUCACUGUCUGAAUGAACUGGGUGAUCUUUCACUAGUGAACGAAGCUGAACCUCAUACAUAUGGAGGAUUACGUGAUGUGAAACUCUCCUCAUCUCAGUGGUCAGCUUUAGUUUUUGUGUUGUUGAGCUCAGAGAAGACAAUGGAGAAGUUUGACCUGAGGAGUUUAAUUGGAGGCAGAAAUGAUCAUGACGCAGUAAACACAGGAGAUGAAGUUCUUCAGAAGAUACUGCCUGUGGUUACAGCAACUAGAUCAGCUCGGUUGGAGGAUUGUGGUGUCACAGAUGAAGGUUGUGCUGCUCUGGCUUCAGCUCUGAGAUCAAACCCCUCACACCUGAGACUACUGAAUCUGUCUUGGAAUAAUCUAGGAGACUCUGGAGUGAAGAUGGUCUCUGCUGUACUGGAGAAUCCUCACUGUAAACUGGAGAAACUGAGGUUGAUUGAUUGUGGUGUCACAGAUGAAGGUUGUGCUGCUCUGGCUUCAGCUCUGAGAUCAAACCCCUCACACCUGAGACUACUGAAUCUGUCUGGGAAUAAUCUAGGAGACUCUGGAGUGAAGAUGGUCUCUGCUGUACUGGAGAAUCCUCACUGUAAACUGGAGAAACUGAGGUUGAGUGAUUGUGGUGUCACAGAUGAAGGUUGUGCUGCUCUGGCUUCAGCUCUGAGAUCAAACCCCUCCUCACACCUGAGAAAACUGGAUCUGUCUCUGAAUAAACUAGGAGACUCAGGAGUGAAGCUGCUCUCUGAUCUGAAGGAUGAUCCGCAUUAUAAAUUGGAUAUACUAAUUACAUUCGGAUGACAGUCUGAUCUUCUGAUGGUGAAUAAGGAUUCAUGACAGAGACUCACAGUCAGCAGAAUCAACAGAGACUGGAGAUACAGUAACUUCACUGUAAUAAAUUAAGACUUCAUUUAGAUUUCAACAAUCGUCUGACAGACCUGAUAUUUCAGAGCAGCAAAUUACAGUUUCUUAUUCAUAGAUUAACCAUUUUAUUUGUAUAAACACACUGUAUAAUAUCAAAAAGGUUGGAGUUUUGUUAGAGAAAAUAUAGAGCCUGAAUAUGUUUGUGUUUUACCAGCAGAGGGAGACAAAGACUAAUGAAAGAUUCAUUUUUCAUCAAGCUCCCUUUUGGAAAACAAAUAAUGGAAGCUUGAGUGUAUACAUUUUAUAAAAUUAUAGUUGUAUUUAAUUUGUAUUAAUGUAUUAAAGGGGGUCAUAUGAUGCGUU